UCCUUGGCUACUCGCUUGCCGUCAUUCUUGACAUGAACGCAUCGCUUGUCUAUGCGCGGGAAGUCAACAUGUACAACAGCCUCAGCCCGAAUUCGUUCAUGUCGCUGCAACUCUACUCGAUGGGCCUCCGGUUUCUGUGGGCCAACUGCCUCGUCCUCAAGGGUCUCAAGGUCGCAUUUCACUACCUUGGGAAUGCGCAGACCACGGGCGAAAACAAAAUGGUGCGGUUCUGCAACCUCAGCUCGGUGCUUUUCAUCUACGUGUCUGGCAUCGCGCUCCUCAAUGUGAACCAGCUCAUUGAAAUGAACAACAAGUGCCGCAUUGACGUGCCGAUCUACAACCUCCAGCGCAUCAAUGUCCACUUGAAUGUCUUUGACUCGUGGUUUGUACGCGCGCUCCCGACCGUCUUUGCGAUCGGCCUCGUGAACCUCGUGGUCGUCCUCGCGCUCAACCACCUCCUCAUGCGCACGUGGUGGCGCCAACUCGAGCGCAAUACGCUGGCACGGCAGUUUAUUUACAACUCGUCGGCGAUUCUUGUCGAGUUUUUUGAAGAAAACGAUUUUAAACCGGUGGACGCCGACGUCAAGGCGAUCGCGCCAUUGGUCGUGCCGGCGCGAUCGCUCUGCACGCUGCAGUGGCUCCUCACUUGCCACUUGAUUCGGUUCGGGCUCACCGAGUCGCCGGCGGUCGUGAAAGCGAUCGUCACGCGCACCGCGAGCAAGCAGAACGGGGAUCUCUUCAUGGUCGUCCAAGACUCGGACGGCAACGUUCGACUCUACGACGCGCACAAAGCCGAGGUGCAAAGCCUCGGCAUGGAAGUCAAAAUUCUCAACAACACCAACUACAUCAUCGCUUAAGAUAUCGCUAAAGUUGGAUUUCAUAUCGGAAUAUAACUCCUCAACAACGUAUAAGCCUGCAA